CUUGUAGCCUCUAGAGGGAAACAACGACCCAGAGAUGGCAUCGCGUGUCCCCGCGCUCAGCGUCCCGCAGCAGCUUCGACUUGUACUCCGUCGGACUUGGGAGUCGGUGUCCGAGUACCACGCCGCCAGCCUCGCUCUGGCCGGGCCGGGAUGGAGAAAAACGAGCCCCCCCGCCCGCGGAACGGCUUGGUUGGCAUGCUCUACGGGGAGUUCACGGACACGCUCGACGACAAGGUCCGGUACUCGGUGAGCCUGACGGAGGACGCCCUGACCGUCCAGAAGAUCUCGUCGUCCCCCGGCAGGGCGAAGGUGGUCUUUAACCUGGCGGACUGCGUCGGUUGCCGGGCGCAGCGAGCGCCGGACAGCGCGGACGCGGGCGCCUACUUCCGCGCCUAUUUCUACCCGUUCAAGCGGCGCUGGAUGAGCGCCGGCGUGGCCCGGCAGCGGGUGGAGCAGUGCUUCAGGGUGGCGCUGGUCCAGGACGCCGCGGCCAACCUGCGGGAGGCGGAGAGGUGGGCGCGCGCCAUCAGGGACGCCGCCGGGCUCCAGGCGCCUCGGAGAGAUGGUGUCACGCUUUGGGAGGUGCGACGGCCUUGCAGAGUCAUGAUCCUGGUGAACCCUCACAGUGGGCGUGGCCAGGCUCUGCAGCUCUUCACUGGGCACGUGCAGGGCAUGCUCAAUGAAGCCAAUGUCCCCUACUCGCUUGUUAUCACAGAGCACCAGAACCACGCACGAGAGCUGGUGAAGAAGGCCGACCUGUCACAGUGGGACGCCCUGGUUAUAAUGUCGGGAGACGGGCUGCUCUUUGAGGUGGUUAACGGUCUGAUGGAGCGCGAUGACUGGCAAGAGGCCAUCCAGACCCCUCUGGGGAUUCUGCCGGGUGGCUCCGGCAACGCCCUGGCUGCCUCUGUCCAUCACUACUCUCAGUCACCUCCUGCGUGGAACGAGGAGCUGCUCCUGAGUUGCGGCUUCCUGCUGUGCAAAGGUCAGGUGGGCUCCUUGGACUUGGUGUCAGUCCAGCUGGCCUCCAAGCAACGCCUCUUCUCCUUCCUGUCGCUGGCCUGGGGCUUUGUGGCCGACGUGGACAUCGAGAGUGAGAAGUACCGGCACGUGGGCGCCGUCCGCUUUCUGAUGGGCACCCUGGUGCGCCUGGCCACACUGCGCGUCUACCGGGGCAGGUUGGCGUACUUGCCCGUGGCGGAGAAACCAGACCUUCCCUCCAGACCUAAGCCUUUCUUGCCGUGCUCCUCCAUCUCCUGCCGGCCGGACCCCGACUACUCCCCCAACAGAGCCAACCAAAACUGCGUCAGCAAGUCCUCCGCCAAGAGACCUGAAAGCGACGGCAAAUCCAGAGCACCGGCAGAUUCUUUACUCCCAGGACUGGACCAGCCUCUCCCAGACAGCUGGACCGUGGUCGAGGAGGAGGACUUUGUCUUGGUGCUGGCCAUAUACCAGUCUCACCUGGCCGAGGACCUUUGGGCGGUCCCCGACGCCCUGGCGGACGACGGAGUCAUCCACCUGUUCUACGUGACCGCCGGGAUCUCCCGGCCGGCCCUCCUGCGCCUCUUCCUGGCCAUGGAGAAGGGCGCCCACCUGGCCUGCGGCUGCCCCCACCUGGUCUACCAGAAGGUGCGGGCACUGCGGCUGGAGCCCGUCUCCCGGGAAGGCGUGAUCGCGGUGGACGGCGAGACGGUGCAGUACGGGCCGGUCCAGGCUCAGAUCCACCCCGGUCUGGCAAGACUCAUCUCUGGAUGAUGGAUUAUGUUAAUCAGCUUUCAGGUUUGGUCUUUUUUACUCACUCUGGAUACUUUGUGGUUUUUAGACGUGCCAAAGACUUUCCAUCAGCCUCGCACAAAUCCUCUAUUUUUCUACACAAAGCAACUUCUCCUACUUUUUUAAGCCCCGCCCAUCCGGCAUCCCCUUUCUGAACCAGGGUCUAAGCCGUGGAUUGUGGACAUGAUUCUGGCUGGUACCAGGUCAGACACUCCGGAGAUCUUGGUCAUUGCUACUGGAUCCUCAUGUAAAUGUACUACGUUAAAAAUAUGUCCAUAUACCGUGAAAAACUGAAGGCUCAGUUUGCCAGAAUUUUACCGUAAAUUUACUGUGUUUUUUUUUUUAAACAGAAUUACUGUAAAAUUUAAAAUAGUACCAUUUGUAUUUUCACAGUAAAAUCCUGACGUUUUCUUUUUUUUUUUUUAACCGUAAAAUGAACAGAUGUUUUUAUUGUAAAAUUUUGACGAAUAAGCUGCUAUUUUUUAAAUUCUAAAAUCUACAGUACAGUGCGUUACUUUAAAUGGAAAAACAGUACUGCUCUUAUUUUACAGUAAAAUUUUGGCGACUUGGCCAACAGUUUAUUAGCGUAAAAUUUACUUCUUCUUUUUUACAGUGCAUUACUGUAAAUGGAGAAACUGUAUGAUGUUAUUUUUACGGUAAUAUUUUGUCGACUAAGCUGCUAUUUUUUUACUGUAACAUUUACAAUAUGGUGCAUUAAUGUGAAUGUCAGGUCAUGCUAAACAAUUGCACACACACACAACACACACACACACACACACACACACACACACACACACAUUCUUGUAUUUCUUACCUGCUUGAGACCUCCAAAAAAAGUCCCACUUUCACAAGAAAAGCUUAAAAUGUGGGCAGUAUUACAAUAAAAGUCGUCAUUUUUCUCAACGCAAGUCAAAAUUUAACAAGAAAAACUGAACAUUUUUGCAAUAUUAUGAUACAUUUUGGAAAUGUACUCAAUUAAAGUCGCAGUUUUACAAGAAAAGCUGACACUUGUGGCACUUUUAUGAAAAGGGUUACAAAUUGACUCGACAAAAGUCACAAUUUUAUAAGAAAUGUUUAAGAUAUGGGCAUUAUUAUCAUAAUAAUCUGAAUUUUUACUUGGCAAAAUUAUGACAAAAGCCAUGAUUUUAUUUAAAAAAAAAUGUCACUUUUACAAGAUCAACAAAAAAAAUUGCAAUAUUGUGAUAAAAGUCUGAAUUUUAUAUGACAAAUGUCACCAUUUUGCAUUAAAAAGUAAUAAUUUUACAUAAAAAGAAGUAGACUGCUUUUAGUAAUUUUUUUUAGUUUUGUUUUUGUAAUUGGUGUUUAAUCUUCAUUAUUUACUUCAAGUUAUAACAGUAUGUCUCUAUAUACAUAUUUAUUUUAUUUUAUUUUGUAAUUUUGGCCAAAGGGGGCGCAUUUGAAUUUCUCACACGCACUUGUUUUUUCAUAUGUUGACCAGAGGGGGAGCACUUUUAAAAGCGACACAGUCAAUUUGAAAAAUCUCUCCUUUUUGGGACCACCCUCAUUUUGAUAGAUUUCACCACCAGGGGUGCAAAUGAGACAUUCUCUAUUAGAUGCAAUGCUUUUCUGUAUUGGGACCAUGAUUUAUGUCAUCACUUGUUCACACCUCCUCAUAUGGAAGCUACUUUUCCUUCUUGAUGUCUCAAGAAGGGCAGGAAGACAGGAACACACACACACACACACACACACACACACACACACACACACACACACACACACACACACACACACACACAAUACACACACACACACACAAACAUAAAAUAACAAACAUAAUUGUGCCAAAACUGAAAUGCUAACCAUUAUUAUUCACGUUGCACAUAUUAUGUUUUUCACUUCAAACAAUAUUUCAUGAUCACAAAGUUCCUUUACAGUAAGUAGACCUGACCCCAUAUAUCUUUUAUAUAAUUGGACUUUUAUUUUUCAAAUAAGUUUCUUCUUUUUUUGUUGUUGAUUUUUUCACCUUUUCAGGAAUGGAGAGUGAAAAAUUCAAUUUUUUUAUGGAGAAACCUUCAGUUGUUGGUAUUACUGUAAAUGGAAAAACAGCACUAAAAUUCUGGCAACAGAGCUGAUAAUUGUUGUUUUUUUAACCAUAAAAUCACUCGUGUUUUUUUACAGUUAUCAUUGUAAAAAAAACAAAAAAAACAGUAGCUUAGUUAAAUUUAAUGUCAAAUGUGCAGUUGUUGUUUUUACAGUGCAUUACUGUAAAUAUGAAAACAGCACUAUUUUUAUUUUUACAGUAAAAUUUUGGCGACUGAACUGUCAGGUUUUUUCCCCCUCCCAUAAAACCGACAGGUGAUUUUUUUGUUUUUU